AUGUCGUUGAGCCCCAAACAUACAACGCCUUUUUCAGUGACAGACAUUCUCAGCCCAAUCGAGGAGACCUACAAGAAGUUUGGUGGCAUGGAUGGAGCAGGCAAUCUCGGACCUCCUCUGGGAGGUUACCGGCAGCCUCAGGUCUCCCAGGCCGGCAUGCAGCAGCACACCAUGGGCCACAACGCCACGGUGGCGACCACCUACCACAUGCCACACGGCGUCUCCCAAUUUUCUCACAGUGCCAUGGGGGGCUAUUGUAACGGCAGUAUUGGCAACAUGGGGGAUCUCCCUUCUUACCAGGACACUAUGAGGAAUAGUGCCGCUGCAACUGGCUGGUAUGGGACUAACCCGGAUCCCAGAUAUUCAACAAUUUCCCGAUUCAUGGGUACCUCAUCAGGGAUGAAUAUGGCAGGGAUGGGGAGUUUGACCGGGAUGGCGGACGCUUCCAAACCCAUGGCACCUUUACACGCUACCCCAAGGAGGAAAAGGAGGGUGCUCUUCUCUCAAGCUCAGGUAUAUGAGUUGGAACGACGCUUCAAGCAACAGAAAUAUCUCUCUGCCCCGGAGAGAGAACACCUUGCCAGCAUGAUCCACCUCACGCCAACACAAGUAAAGAUCUGGUUUCAGAACCACCGCUACAAGAUGAAACGCCAGGCCAAAGACAAGGCAACUCAGCAGAUGCAGCAGGAGAAUAGCCUGUGCCAACAGCAACAGUCUCCCAGGAGGGUGGCCGUGCCAGUCCUGGUCAAAGAUGGCAAACCGUGUCAGAACGGUUCCAGCACCCCUACACCCAACCAACAGGUGCAACAGCAGCAGAAUGCAAACAGCAUCCUUCCUGUCUCCAGCACUAUCAUCUCUCAACAGCAGAAUCAACAGGUCAAUUCGUUAGCUCAGGCUCAAGAUCUGGGCCAAGUGUCACCCAGCCCUUCCUCUCUGCACAGUUCUGUCACUAGCAUGUCUCAAAUGGACACAUCUACUGCAGACUACACGGGAAGUAUGGUGAACCCCAGCAUGCUAUACGGCAGAACCUGGUAG